AUGGCGACAGAACACACUCUGGCCUCUGAUGAUGUAUUGGCUCACUUCUUCAAUGAUUUCUUAAGUCUGCCGUCUUUCCCAGAGGCUUUGCUGUACAACCGGGAGACUGGGAUGUUUGAGGUGGUGAGUGGGACAGCUGAAUAUAUCUCCAGAAGAUUCAGAUCAGUCGUAAACCACAGCAAAUCACAACUCCUUACUGGCAACCCAACAGUGCUGACCAGAACUACUCCUGUAGACAGCCAUUACACUGUCUGUUGCCUGGACAGAGAGCAAGGAAUUCAGUGGAUCAUGGAAGAAAGAUUGCCCUUUUUCCUACAAAGUGAUUGCUACAUUGAAUACAGACUAGCCAAGUUGUUGUUUCAGUGGAUCCCAAACUUCUGUAUCCAGAGAAAGCCAUCAGCUGGCAACUCAGAGAUGCAAUAUCUCAAAGAGUCCAGUAGCCAGAAUUUUGAGUCUUCUAAACUACAGCUGGAGUACCUGGCUGCCAGAGUGGUUAAACAGGUGCUUAACAAUGCCCUGAACGUAGUGGAUGAUCAGCGCCAGGAAAACUUUUCUGACUGUUUCAGCAAGUCAGGAGACCAGACAAACUGUACCAGUACAGAGGAACCCUGUGAAUGUAAAGUUUACCAACACUCAGCUAAUGGACUGGAGGGGAAGAAAGAGAGAGUUCAAGAGAGCAAGAGGGGGAGUGGAGUAGACGCAGAAUGGGAUAAGAGGAAUAGGGAGGUGGAGAGUAGGGGCACAGGCCAAGAAAAUGUUCCUGAUAUUCGUUGCCACGGUACCUGUUGCCGGGACAAUAGACCAGGCUUGGAUGAAUUCAAGCAGUUUUUGCGAGGAUCCCCAGGAGAAAAGAUAAUUAAUCUCUGGAUGGAUAUUGAAAAACUUAAAGCUACACAGCACAAAGAGCGGAAGAACAGGUACUUGGUCCUGAUACGGAGCCGGUACCUGCUGAGCAGCAGUCAGAGCAGUCUGAGCGCAGAGUUGCUGUCCAGACUGGGACUGACAACCUCCCCCUGCUGGACAGAAGAGAAACUGUGCUCAGUUCAGCCCUGCCUCACUGAGGCUCUGCUCUACUACUGGGCUCCAAGGUUCUGGAAGUGUCAGUUUGGUCAGGAAGACCAGGAUGGCACCCCUAAUGUGGGGCUGUGGACAGAGUGGUGGAAUAGCCCUCUAUCAGGCAGACAACUCCACCCUGGCUCUUUGACCCUGCCUACCCUCCUCCCUGACAUCUGCCUGUCCCGAUCCUCCUAUACUGUCCAUUCACAGUUCUAUUCUAGCAGAAGUCAUUUACUGGGAAGCAGAAGAAUGGAAAAAAUGUUACAGGCUCUCUGUGUUGAUUCACGUGCCGGUUUGUACUUCACACACUUCUGUGUACAAUCUGGAAACCAGCUGUGGGAGAAUGCAGUUUACUUCUGGACUGACUUGCAGCACUACCAUGAGCUGUUCUACCAGGAUGGGAUGGACCCUUACAGAGUCCAGAGAGAGGCACAUCUCCUGUACUCCACAUAUCUGUACACUUCUGCCAGGAGGGGCAUUGGUGUGGAUGAAAAGAUCAGAGGGAAGGUGUACGACAGACUAAUACCAGCGUUUGAGGAGCUGUUUGAAGAGGUUGAGGAUCACACACUGAAAAUCCUGCUCCAGCCAUGGACACUGCUGGUCAGCAUGGACAAAGAGUCCUUCCAGAAGGUGCGUGUGCAUGAGGAGGUGCACAGGGUUGAAAGUCGGGAGUACAGUGAACUCCAGAGUGUGUACGAGGAAUCACAGUGCCGACUGAAACAGGUGCAGCAGUCCGGGUCCAUGCCAUCUCUCUGCCCUUCUGCUUCUUCUGCUCCCUUCUCGAAGGGCCCCCGAGCAACUGAUUCUUGGUCCACAGUGUCACCAAAUUACCAAGGUUACCGUCUAGGUUCCUUACUUCGUCACCGCCAUGAGAUUGGGCACUUCAUGUCUUUCCUCCAGAAUCAGGAUGCCAGUAUUCAUCUGACAUGUUGGCUGGAUUUAGAGCAGUACAGGAGGACUCCUCAGAAGGACAAGGCUGUCAAAAAAGAGAGGUCCUCUCACAUUGCAGCCAAAUACCUCAACAGGAUGUACUUCUUUGGCCCCGACAGCCCUGCCUCAACAGAACAACAGAAUGAUAUAUUGCAUCUGGCAGGUGGACUGGAGCGUCUGAAGUUAGACUGUCUCACAAACCUGGUUGUUGUGGAGAUCCAGGACAUCGUUAGGAAUCACAUUGAGAAAACAUGGCUGCCUCAGUUUCUGUCCACGGCAGAGUUCACAGAGCGACAGAAAGACAAACCAAAGCCCAAAGCAGCAGACAGGCUCUCACAGCACGUCUACCAUCGACGCAGAACGGGGAGAAAAGCCUGGAAGGCCGGAGGCUUAUGGAUGAGUUCCUCCAAAGAGAUCCUCCUUUUUCGACAGAUCUUACUCAACCCUGUCACUUGUGUGCAAUUCCAGCACUUUGUCUCCCUGAAGGGAGACUUCCUGGAGAAUGACAUGCUCUUUUGGCUGGAGGUCCAGAGGUACAAGGACCUUUGUCACUCUCACAGUGAUGAGGCCACCAUCCAGCAGAAGAUCUCCACCAUCAUCAACUGUUUUAUCAACUCGUCCAUGCCCCCCACCCUGCAGAUAGACAUCCCCCCUGAACAGGCCCAGGACAUUCUCGAGAAACGCCACAAGCUUGGCCCUUACAUCUUCAGAGAAGCACAGAUGUCCGUGUUCAGUGAAUUGCUGAAGUUUUGGCCCGAAUUUCAAGAGCUGAGCAGCAGUGUCCGAGAGGAGCAACUCCUUCCUCUACUGCAGGAGAAACGAGUCAAACACAGAGCCAGAGUGCGAAGACAGAGGAGGAAAGAGGAAGAGGAGGAGGAAGAAGAAAAAGAUGAGAGGAGGAGAGCCCAGGAAGAGUGGGAGACACAAGAAUUGAGCUUUAGAGAGGAGGAGGACACAGACGAUGACAUGGAUGAUGUAGAAGAACAACAAGAGGGAGGAAGUGGAAAAAAACAGUCGAGGACACAGAGCAGAGUGCUGCUGUCUCCCACGCAGCCGCUGUCGUGGUCCUACUCCAAGUACAUGGCAGCUCUGAAGAGAGAGGAGGUGCUGCUGAGGAGGAAGAGUCAGCUGGAAGCCUCGUUCUCCACAGCUUCAGACUCGUCCUCGUGCUGCAGCGUCAAGUCAGCAGGCAGCAAGCGCAGUCACAGGCAGUCACAUGGCUCCUCCAGAGCAGACAGUAAACAGUUUAACAGAAAUGACAGAGGUACAAGAGCCUGCAACAUGAACUGAAACCAAAGAGUAAGAAUUGACUUCAUGCAGCACAACUUCGACACAGAUGAGGUUGAUUGACACUGUUGUCGGAGCAUGAUGAGUGAAAACAGAGCUGCUGCUGAUAAUUUGAUGGUGAGGAAGAAGUGUGAGGCCGGGUUCAUACAUGAUGUAAGAAUAUUUGUUACACUGGGUUUAAAAACCCAGUGUAACCUGGGUAACCCCCGCUAACUCAUGAUGACUGGAUUAAAAAGUACUGCCUUUACUCAGCUAAAGACAAAUGUAAUGGACUGUACUGGUAUUACAUUUCUUUUCUGAUAUAGUACACAAUGAUAGAACACUUCUUAUAAUUUUUUAUAUUUUUUAUUAAAACAUUUCUCUAUU